UGCCCGGUAACGUCACUUCUCCGGGAAGAGAAGCAAAAUACGGAUGCCGACAAGAAUCCGAAGGAAUAAAAAAACUGCAGAAAAGGCGGGAAGGCACGUUUUUGUGUUGAUUGGGAAACUAUAAAGUCGUUAUUUUACGUAUCUUAGCUGAAUGAUGGGUCUCCGGCAGCUUUUUUUUUUGUCUCGAAAUAUAUCUUGCAAGCAUGGCUAGCUAACGUAAGAGUGCUGCUACUACUACUAGCUAACACGAGCAGACUAUCCAACUGUUUUAAAACAAUAAUAGAAAGCAAAAUACAUACGCGCUAUUGCCUGUUUAAUUAUGCAUGUCAGAAUAGGGAAAAGGCAUGGGCAUUUCGUAGUGUUGCAAGCUGUAGGUAUCCAGCUAGCUCCUUACAGUAUAAGUGAAAGUGCUGGAAUUUGUUUUGAGAAAGCUAAUCGAGGACAGAAGGCCUUCGGUAGCUAGUGUCAUCGUUUCAACCAAUCACGCGGUAGCUUACUAUAUAGCCAGGUAACUGGCGCGAGCUGCAGACUUUCGAUGCAAUCCCAUCGAAAGUCUAUAUAAAGAAACUUGAAUUGUGAACCAGGGCCUAGGCAGCUAACCUUUAUAAAGCUGUAAGACAGUUUUAGAAAGUAUAACUGACAGCCAGGUUCCUACAAUUUCCAGGUGUGACCACUUCAGUAGUUGGUCCAUAAUCAGGUUGCGCUUGGAGAUGGGAGGAUGAUCUGCCAUAAUGUGACUGGCAAGCCAGAGAAGAUGUUUCCUUAACUCCUACCCCAGCAUAUGUAGGCCACAAAAUGCCUGCUGACAAGCACUCUGCCUCCUCUGCUCACGAUGCAGCACAGCAACAGGCCGAUCCCCAGAAGAAGCUGGACACCGUUAGCAGGGGUGAGAGAGAGGAGGAACAGCCCGGUCCAUCCAGAGUGCCUGCCCCCAGGCAGGGCUAUUGCAGCUGCUGCCAGGUCCUGUAUAACAGUGUGGAGCAGCACAUCCUGAGCCCCGGGCACAGGGAGGUGGUCCGAAGACCUCGUACACUCGUCACCUUGGGGAGCCUGAUGGAGAGAUUUCUAACGGACGUCAUCCAGCAUCACCCGCAUCGCUACAAUGACCCACGCCCUACCCAUUCUGACCUUCCAAAUCCGAGCUUCCCGCUCAUACCGAGAGAGGAGCUGUCAGAUCUCUGUGACAGCGAUGAGGACGCCCUGUCGCUCGGAACCCGAGAGCGCAUGCCCAGCUCUGGCCACUCUUCCUGCCAGCUUAUUUACGUACAGGAAGCGGACGUUGCCUCGGAAACAAGGACCAGCCUGCCAGGAGAGGGGAGAGUUGAAAAGGUGUUGAUUGACAGGUUAACCCCGCCUUAUCCAGACGUGCACACAAUACCAAGUUCUGAGGAAGGGACCCACUCGCACAAACCUUCCCCUGACCGCUUACAGACACGCUCCACGAGACCCAGUACCCAUCCGCAAACACCGCCGUCGAUCCACCGGAAAGCACACAGGAAGACUAACCGGCGGAGAGCAAGAGGGAGCGACUCCUCUUUUUCCUCCAUCCCUCGCAACCUCUCCCCCGCCUCUCCGCAGUUGCGUCUGACCCCGAGGGAGGUGACGGUCUGCAGAACCCCAGAAAACCAGCCUCCUUCCAUGCCAAGGGAGCCGACCCGUGGGCCCAAGCACAUGACGGUAAACACCGGCUGGGCCGCCUGGGCCGGGGUGCCCCCCUGGAGGCGGGCAGAGAGCCGGAAUGAGGCGGCGUUCUCCAGCGACCAUUCGGACCCGGUGGGAGACACCAUAGAAGAGGUGAUCCAGAGACACUGCUAUGGCCUCAGACCCACACAACAUCUGAGGGACCACAACACAUGGACAGGGGGGAGAAGGAUUGAGGCCGAUGGCGACAAGGACAGCUUCCACCUGAGUCUCCCUGGUUCCCUGGGCGCGGGUUCUGGGUCAGGGGAGAGCGAAGACUGGGACACCCCGGUUCGGGUGGCUCUGUGGGGGAGGACGGAGGGCAGGAAGGACACCCCUGUCAUUGUAGACUCAGGGCAGGGUGGAGGAGAGCUGGAGAGCAGAGACCUGGCCUGUCUAAUGGAGGUACAGGUGAAUGUGGAGGACCAGAUGUACACCAGCCAGCUGGACUCAGCCCUCCACCCUGAGACUAGGAACGCAGGGCCGGGGGAGGGACAACGGGAGCCCACGGUGGAGGAGAUCUUCCCGGCCCUCCCCCACAUCCCGGCAUCUUUCGUGGGAAAGACAUGGACCCAGGUGCUGCAGGAAGACGAGGAGAAAGUGGAGGCCAUGGUGCGAGAGUUCCGACAGGGAAGGUUCCUCUGCUACUUUGAAAGCGAAUCAUUGGCCAGGUAUGGGAAGAGAAGCCAAAAUGCGAAGGUGCGUAGUCAGAAUGAAGAGGCAGAAGAUGGAGGGUGGGUUCCCCUUGGUGCCCAUGACAACGACGACGAUGAGCCAGAAUGCCACAGAAGGGGGAGGGAGGGGCUUAGGCGGAAAAUUGUUAGUAGGAGCUACCGCCUGGCAUCUAGGUGCCAGGUGGUGAAGGUGAGUCACGGAACCCAGACCACCCCAGCUGUCAUCCCUACCAUCCGACAGAGAACACUGGACCAGACAGGCACAUCUCUGGACGGCCGAGCGUUGCCCUGUUCGGACCCCAGUGCUGACCUGGAGAAGACCCCACGGGUGAAGACAAGGCUGUGCGCUCUCCGCCUGCCGGCCUCCUACACCCGAAUCAUGACGCCCCUGCAGCCUAAAACAGCCCUUGUCUACGUCCUCAACUCCCCUGAAACCCCGCCCUUUGACCCCAAGCCCCGUCUCAGACCCAUAGCCAGGGGAAACCGUGGCAGGAAAAGGACAUGCGACGUGGGGGUGAAGGUGAAAUACAAGAGGGUUCCUUUGAGGUACUACGACCCCGCCACCCACCGUGUUCUUAAGACCCCCCCUAAGGGUUUGCACCUCACUCCCACUGCCUCCGGUCUGCUCAGACCCCCCCAGUCCCAUGUGGUCAGGCAGCUGUUCAGGAGCCUAAGUCCAGACAUCAACUCUGAGAAACAGGGUGGGGAAGUCAGGACAGAUGUGUCAGAGGGGAGGAGGAGAGGUCGUAGUCGGGGUAGUGUGGCAUCUGGGUCGCAUUUAGAGACCCGCGGGUCACUAGGGUCAAAAGGUCAAGGGUCAUCAGAGGCAGGGUCAUCUGUUACCACGCCAUUCAGUCGCUCAUCUCUGUCUAAUAACAGCCGGUUCCUACUGGGCACUCUCACUCCUGACUCGACCUCUAACCCGGAAGUGACACAGCGGCAGGGCAGGAGAGUGGUCCGAGGAAGAAAGGGACGGAAUUUACAGACAGGUCAGCCUCCAACCACAGAAAAAAGCCCCUCAACUGCGUGCAGGCCUGGGACGCCAGGGGGGAGGAGGGAGAGGCAGGGAGGUGGGCGGGGAGAGCAGCAACCGGUGACACGCAGCUCUAAAAGGAGGCGACUACCUCACAUCCGCUCUCCCCCAUCACCCAAGGACAUAUCUACCACCGUUAAGCCCAGGAGAGGGCCCUCAAGACGGGUCACAGAGAGUAAGAAAGUCCCCAAAAGUCCAGCCAAGGCCUCAGCUCAGCGAGCAACCUCAACCCCUCCGAAACAGGCUAUCAGAACACCAGGCCUCCGGUCAUCCCCCCGACAAAGCCCCGCCCGACAGCCCACCCCGACGCUGAGAGGGAGAACGAGGAGAUGACAGCAUCUCAACAGUAUACUGUGGCUUCCUUUCCUCAUCUCCUUUCCUCCAGCUGCACUGACUUAGAUUGUGAAUGUUCUUACUGAGAUAUACAAACGUCACUACUGAUACAGCAUUUUUUUUCUGUUUCUACUUGAAGAGUCGAAUGUUUCAACUUCUUUUCAGUGCAGAUGGAGGAGAGGAGGCGGGAAGCAUCUGUUGGGAUGCACCCAGGUCCUUUGGAGAGACCGGGGGGCGGAGUGAACAGAGAAGUGAAGAGACAGUCUCCUCCUCCCCUCAUCUCUCCCUCAUACUGUCAUGUUUUGCACAGAAACCAGCAGCGGAAUAGUUAGCUACACGUUUCUAGCCGUCUGUACUGUAAUGUCGGUGGUUGUUUUCUCUGUUGUUUUUACAAUGAGGGUAUUUUUUUUACGUUUAUAAAGACUUUUUUGUCAAAAGCUUGUUUAUUGAAUAAAUGAUGUACAGUGAUUAAAACAUGUUGUUAUGUA